CUCUGCGCAUGCGCACACGGUGAGCCUUUAGCCUCGUUGAGCUCGUGAUUGUCGGACUCCGUCACAGUUUACCGGCUGACAGCAGCAGUUUGUCCCGCACGUCCCGCAGACCCCGCACACAGACAACAUGCCCAAAAAUAAAGGGAAAGGAGGAAAGAACCGGCGACGUGGAAAGAACGAGAACGAGUCGGAGAAGCGAGAGCUGGUGUUCAAGGAGGACGGCCAGGAGUACGCUCAGGUCCUGAAGAUGUUGGGAAACGGUCGGUUGGAGGCCAUGUGCUUUGACGGCGCCAAGAGGCUCUGUCACAUCAGAGGAAAGCUCCGGAAAAAGGUGUGGAUCAACUCGUCAGACAUCAUCCUGGUCGGUCUCAGAGAUUAUCAGGACAACAAAGCGGACGUCAUCCUCAAGUACAACGCAGACGAGGCUCGCAGUCUGAAGGCGUACGGCGAGCUGCCCGAGCACGCUAAAAUCAACGAGACGGACACAUUCGGUCCCGGAGACGACGAUGAGAUCCAGUUUGACGACAUCGGGGACGACGACGAGGACAUUGACGACAUCUGAAGUGGAGCUCCGCGGUUGGACGCUGGGUUCGACUCCCAGUGGAAAGUUGGAGCGCCGCCUCAGAACCAUCUUCCAGGAGACGAGCCUCCGUCAGUCCUCCACCCACAGUUUGUCCAGGCUGACGGAGACGCGUCCCCCAUCACUACUCCUCCGUCACCCGGUCCACGGCGGAACGUCUCCCAGCCGGCGUUCUUCACACAAAUCUAUUUAUAUUCUCCUCUCUGAUUGGCCAAUAAAAACCUGAACCAGAGGCGGAGCCUCUCUCCUCCAAUCACAAGGCUUCUCUCAUUUCCAGUCUGUGCUUUCAUGCGCUUGCUGCUCACUCCACACACACACACACACACACACACACACACACAUACACACACACACUCUCUCUCUCUCUCUCUGCAGCCUGUUUCAGUCUGGUCCUGGGAAUCCUCUCCGUGGUCCCUGAGCGGGUCCGGCCCCUCAGGUUGGGCCGCUGUACUUCAUGAUCAUGUAAUCUGAUGUUUCCAAUAAAGAUCUGAAUUCUCUGAGA